GUUUACAAUUUACAAUCUCGGUUUACAAUUUGGCUAAAACACAGCAACGAACGCGACUUUGUCUCGUAAAUAUUAUAGCGUCUUGUUACAGAAUGAAUGAGAAACUCCAAGCACUAAAACAGCUGGUUUGCUUUUCCAUCGAUGAGGCCAAAGACAAACUCCAUCUGUUAGGAGACUCGAUAUGGCGCCACCCAGAGGUGGCAUGUGAGGAAAGACAAGCUCAUGAAACUCUGGUCCGCUUCUUCACCCAGGAGAAAGGGUGGACAGUGGAAGCACACUACAAACUAGAAACAGCUUUUCGGGCCACCUGGGGACCUGUAGGUGGAGGAGAUGGUAAGGGUGUGGUUAAUGUGGGGUUCCUGUGUGAGUAUGAUGCUCUGCCUGCUAUAGGCCACGCGUGUGGACACAACCUGAUAGCAGAGAGUGGAGCUGCAGCAGCCCUCGGCCUGAAGGCGGCACUAGAGAGCAAGGAGGCGUGGCCUGUGUCAAUCAAGGUAACUGUGUUGGGGACUCCAGCAGAAGAAGAUGAAGGUGGGAAAGUGGAUUUGCUGCGGGAAGGAGCUUUCAAGGAUCUGGAUGUGGUGUUGAUGGCUCAUCCCACUCAGAAGGAUGCCACUUAUCUACCAGCCAUGGCUCUGCAUAACCUGCUGGUGAAGUACCAUGGACAUGCGUCUCAUGCAUCAGCAUAUCCCUGGGAAGGAGUAAAUGCACUAGAUGCAGCUGUCAUGGCCUACAGUAACAUCUCUGUACUACGCCAGCAGCUCAGGCCUGACUGGCGGAUCCAUGGUAUCAUAAAGCACGGCGGUGUGAAACCCAACAUCAUCCCUGACUACAGUGAGCUGGAGUUUUACUUUCGCACUGCCUCACACAGAGACCUGCCCACCAUCAGAGCCAAAGCUGAGGCCUGCUUUCGUGCUGCUGCUAUGGCAACAGGAUGUGAGGUUGAGCUCGUUUUUGCGAAGAACGAGUUUCAUGAAAUGUUGAGGAACCGCACUCUGGAAGACCUCUAUGAAGAGAAUGGGAAAGCUCUUGGCAUGAAGUUCACCACAGAGGGCUUUUCAGGCUCUACAGAUUUUGGGAAUGUAAGUCAUGCUGUUCCAGGAAUUCACCCUUAUUUCUACAUCGGGUCUGAGGCACUGAACCACACUGAAGAAUAUACAGCUGCAGCUGGUGCAGAUGAAGCUCAGUUUUAUACUCUUCGUACUGCCAAAGCUUUGGCAAUGACUGCGCUGGAUGUGAUCUACAGCCCAGGAGUGCUGGACAAAAUCAAACAGGAGUUUAGAGAGGCCAAACUCAAUGAGGAGAGAAAAUGAAACAGGAGAAACCUGAAGAAUUGCAAUUUAACUUAUUUAAUUUAAUUUAAUUUAAUUCUGGGUGAUGACUCAUCAUCCCCACACACAGGGCUAGAAACCCGGCGUUACUCUGAUGUGCUUUUCCACUAGUUUAAUCCUCAUGGGCAUUACAGAUAGGUACACUACUUCAGAUAAUCUCUAUACAGAUACCUGGGUCAUUAUCUCCGGUGAUGAACAGAAGUCUUAUUGUUUGUUGUACUGAAAUGCACAAAAUUAAUUUAAUCAAGCUUCAACUCGAAUAUCAUUGGGAGAUUCUGGGAUUAGAAGAACUCACAGACCUGGUGAAUUCAGAUCUUUUUUUGUUAUUCUUAUAUUGUUAUAUAAAGAAUCUCUUAUUCUUCUACUUUGGGCUUUUCCCAUUAGGGGUCGUCACAGCGAAUCAUCAGUUUCCAUCUAACUCUAUCCUCUUCAUCCUCUACUCUAGCACCAAUUAACUUCACGGCCUUAUUUACCACAUCCAUAUAUCUCUUCUUUGGCCUUCCUCUUGACCUCUUACCUGGCAGCUCCAUCUCCAACAUCCUUCUACCAUUAUAAGCAUCUCCCUCCUCUGUAAAUGUCCAAACCAUCUCAAUCUAGUCUCUCUGACCUUGUCCCCAAAAAAGCCAACCUGAGCCGUCCCUCUGAUGUGCCCGUUCCUAAUCCUGUCCAUCCUCGUCACUCAAACCUAAACUCGAACCUCAACCUCCUCAUCACUGCUACCUCCAUCUCUGCCUCAAGGCUUUUCCUCACUGAUACAGUCUCUAACCCAUACUGCAGAGCUGCUCUCACUACUGUCUUGUUCACCUUUCUUUUGAUUCUUUCUGACACUCUUCUGUCACACAACACUUUUCUUCACCCAGUCUAACCCACCUGUACUCGCCUCUUCACCUCUUUUACACACUCCCUGUCACACUGGACGGUUGACCCUAAAUACUUAAAGUCCUCCACCUUCUUGACCUCAGCUCUUCUCUAAGCACCCGGUCAUAUGCUUUCUCUAAAUCUGCAAAGAUUUGUGUCCCAGCAGAUUUCUCCAGUGCUGUUUUUUCAAGACUAGAGCCAGGGUAGGGCUGGUCAGUCUGGGACAGGGCUGGGACAGUCUGGUAAAUCUCCCAGCAUCUCUCAGUAUAGAUCUUCCUAAUCAUAGCACGAGGAGGGAGGCGGUGAAGAGGUCCUUUUACAUUCUUCACAUUGGGAAGAAUGUGCCUUAUAAGCUUGGAAAAGCACUCUGCCAUUCUAUAGCUAGAGAGCUGGAAGUCUCUAUGAUGAGUUUUUAAGCAUCUAGUCUGCUUUCACACCUUUGGGUGUUUACUAUAUUUUGCAUAAAUCAGAUUUGUAUUAAUUCAAUGUAGAUUAUUAUAGCAUUUUUAGCAAGCAUUAGCAAGCACUUAGCAAGCAUUUUUUAGUAAGCAUUAACAUUAAGCCAUCUCAAAAAUGAGACACAUUUUAAGUUACAACAUAUAAAUAAAAUAUUCUACCUUACCAGUUUUUAAUUGUGCAGGUGCUGAAUAAAAUCCUACACACUUAACUAGACCUCUUUUGUACAUGUUUUCUCUUCCAUCUCUUUCUGUAUACUCUCAACUUCACUUCUUUCUUUAUUGCUCUUCAGUUUACUUCCUCAUUCAUUUAAUCGUUGAUGGACAUAUUGACCAAUUGUGAUGUAUAUUUUCUGCAGGGUCAGAACAGAGCUCCUUCAGUUUAUUGGGUCAGUCCGUCUUAAUGUUAAUGAUUUGUUUAUUAAACAUCAUUCCUUUCAAAGACAUUUAGCAGCUGAUGACUGACAGCUACGUGUGUGAUCAAAUUGCUGCAUUGCAUCUAUACUGUUAUGUUGUACAAGAACAAAUAAUAACACCGCAAUACAAACUGCAUUAUCAUGUGUUACCUAAAAAAGCAGCCGGGUGAAGAUAUGACGAUAUCAGACGAUUAUCAUAAAAGCAUUAUUGCAAAUAAAAGCAGAACUUUGGCAAAUAAAAAUCUUGAGAACAAACUACUGUGUUCAUGUUGGAAAUGUUUUUUUAUUCCUGCAUGAUGAUGCUUAGAAAAUAAAUUAAUUAUGAAAUGUUACUUGCUA